CUCAGUGCUCGCGAGCCUCGCUCGGUGUGUGUUUCGUGGUGUGGCCGUUCCUCGGCCGUUCCUCGUUUGUUUUUCUAAUUUCAUCGUAAUAUUCCGUCGCGAUUCCGUCCCCGUAUUACGCGCCGAGUCUCGCAGUCCUUUUACAGUGCUACGAUAGUAACUGGCUCCAUCCCGUGAGUCCUGGAUAAUACUUGAAUUUAAUAUACGGAGUGCGUGCGCGUGUGUUGCCUCUGUGUGUAUACGCCGCGCCGGUCCCUACGCCUAUAUUAUUCCUGCCAGCUCAAUUUCUCUUCGCAUUUUUGUGUGUUUCACGUGAAUUCGCAUCGCUUUAGGUGCAUCGGCAGUGUGUCGUUUAUUAAAAAUGUGUCCAGGUGUCUCGCGAUGUACUCUCUCUUGUAAUUUUUAUUGACUUCACUAGCAGUGCUUUUCCCAUUGUCAACCUCAUCUUCGUCGUCGUCUUCGUCGUGAAUAUAUCCACUUGAUUCAGCCUGCCGUGUAACCUUUCACUGCCCGAAUCAUUAAGGAAAAGCCAUCGGUUUCAAGUGCGUAUAUUCCUGUGGAACGUUGUUUGUGCCAAUCACAUUGCGUUUCCAUUGUAUAAUUAUAAUACGUAAGAGGAGCAGCUUUAAUCGCGGAGACAGAAGAAGGAAAAACAAAUAUCUGACACGCGUCAGUCUAAACUUCCAUCCAACGUAGCAAGUAAAGGCUUGGACCAAUGCGAGGAGAAGGAAGAAGAGAAAACACAAAGAAUCCGUCUGGAAUAUAAAAAAUAUUAAGUCCCUAGCGAGUGCCAAAGAAAAUUUUGGAUUUAAUCUUUACGUCACCACGUGCCAUACAAGCGUGCGAAACCUCCUUCCGUUUGGACUAUGUUCCACAGUCCGCAAAAAGGUUUUCCACUCCAAGUCGAAGCAGGCUCUUCCUUCCUUCCUUCCCUGGAAGGGAAGCGCGUACAGUGCGGAUAGCAAGAAGAGACCAAGAAGAUAAGGGAGAUAAGGAAAUUAAAAAAAAAGGACGAACACAAAGGAGGUGGCCAGACAAUCGUAUCGAUCAAAGGCGGGAAUUAUGUUCGAAUUCAAAAAGCAUCCGUAAGGUGUUCCGCCAAUUGGAAUAAAUAAGGACGACAAAGCUUCUAUAUUGUACAGGAGGAUUGUAUUUCUCAAAGUGCAAUGUCCAUACGCGUUAGCGGCGUUUAUCUGGUGCCGGCGAGCGGCACCGAGGGCACGGAAAAAUGUCCGAACAAUCCAACUCGUAAUGAGAACAAUCAUCAAGGAAAGACAGUGACCAUAGUGGCUGGACCGCAGCGCAGCAACAGCUUGGAUUACUUGAAUUUCGAGGAGAAGCGACAGAUAAUCGCUUCGUCUUUGUCGCUCAGCGACUUCUUGGCCCAUGGACCGGCUGCAGCUGCAGCUGCAGCCAAGGAAGUGGCCGCCAGCACUGUCAUAGCCAAAAAACAAAAUGGCGCAGCACUACGAACAAAUAGUCUGGGCUCCGGAGCGCGGACUCCGCCUCUCGAAAGGAAAAGCAAAUUCUCAGCCCUCGGUAGACUAUUUAAGCCUUGGAAAUGGAAGCGGAAAAAGAAAUCGGACAAAUUUGAAGCCGCGUCGAGAUCAUUGGAGAGGAAAAUUUCGGUUCGAGCGAAUCGAGACGAAUUGGUACAGAAGGGAAUCCUCCUGCCGGAAAGCCCGACGUCACCGAUACCGGAAAAUGGUCCUGCCGGCGACGUCAUCCAGCGACCCCCGACGCCUCAGCAGCCCCCGCAUCAUCAUCAGCAUCAGCAGCAACAGCAGCAGCAACAAAUUUCUAGUGGCGGGGGUGGAAACACCCCCGCAGCAACUCCCACGUCCGUCAACCCUGGACAACAAUCGCAACAGUCCCAGCCACCCCAAUCGGCCACCCCCACACCCACCGGUGCCAACCCUCAUUCGGCCAGUGGACCUCCGUCCUCACAACCUUCGGCGCACCCCUCGCCCCUCUACCCCGGCAUGCCAUCGGCCAAUCAGCACAACACCACGCAAGAGCCGAAGAAGGAAAAGACUGAACAGAGUGCAAAUGGCGCGGUAUCGCCGAGCGGGGAACUUCCCAAUCCGGGAUCAGCUGUUCCUGGAGCUGUUCCCGUAUCCAGCGCACCCACGUCGGGUGAGCAGCAGAAGCCAAACAGGCCGAGCACCCUCGGAGCUCCUGGAAAAAUCACCAGGAGGUUACUCUGCUACCACAGUGAGCACUGUAUGUCCCAUCAGUCACCGCCGAGACAAAAUCGACAUCCCGGUGGCAUGCCCGAGGGUGGUCAUCAGGGCACGACGACACCCUCGCAACAGCAGCAGCAUCAGCAGCAGCAGCAGCAGCAACAACAACAACAACAGCAGUAUUUACAAUUGCCCAUGCAAAACACACUAACGCUGUCGGAACUCCCAGAACCGCCGAUUCCAUUAAGUGAGAUCGGCCCGAUUCCGCCACCGCCUAUGUUCAGUUCGCCAAGUCCUACUCUGCUGGCUAGACAGCAACAGCAAGGAACCGGAAGUGGAGUCCAUAACGCAGUUCCUCUUGAUUUAUCAGACUACGAUUACGAAGAUCAGGAGGACAUCGACGUGGACGAGGAAGAGGAGGACGAUCGAUACGUCUUCAGGGUGUCUCAUCCUGAUCCAGCAAUCGAUACGUCCAGGGUGGAAGAGAUUCCAGCAAAGGAGCCAAAGUUCCAUGCGAUGCCGCUGAAGAGUGCCCUGAAGAAGAAGGGUCCGGGCAGUGGACCAGGGACGCCCCAGAAUACACCAACCCAGGAAAACAGACCACUGACCCUGCGUCAGGAAUUGCAUGCCUCUUUCAAAAGGCCGCCAUUGAGGCCUAGGAUUAAAAUAUGUAGUCGACCGGUAAGAUUUGGAUUGGCUCUGCCUUGCACUCUUGAGAACAAGGAGAAUGCAAGGCCCUACGUCAUACGGGAGGAUUCCGAUGGAGAUCAGGGCGACGGGCAGGUCCUCUACAGGGAUGACGACGACGAAGAGAAUCGACUAGCUGCCAAGAUAGCACGCAAGGAGUCGUUGUCUUUGAAACUGGCUUUGAGACCCGAUAGGCAGGAGCUCAUCAAUAGGAACAUUCUUCAACUUCAGUCCGACAAUGAGAGGCAGGAAACCAAGGAAGCCAUUGGUGCAAGGCUCAUCAGGCGGCUCAGUAUGCGGCCGACUCAAGAAGAGCUUGAAGAGAGGAAUAUAUUGAAAAAGCAAAGUCCAGCCGAGGAAAAGAAGCAGAAGGAAGAAAAGAAACGGUACCUCUUGCGAAAGCUCAGCUUUCGUCCAACCGUGGAGGAGCUCAAAGAAAAGAAGAUCAUCAGGUUUAAUGACUACAUUGAGGUUACGCAAGCUCACGACUACGACAGGAGAACCGACAAACCCUGGACACGACUCACACCGAAGGACAAGGCCGCCAUUCGCAAGGAACUGAACGAGUUCAAGAGCUCGGAGAUGGCCGUUCACGAGGACAGCCGACACCUCACUAGGUUCCAUAGGCCAUGACAAUUGCAAUGUGCAGAGGUGUUAGAGUGUGGUGCAGGUUUAGGUGCAGGUGCAGUGCGGUGGUCGUACGCGGACCAGGUGAAUCAGUAUCGUUACAUUACGUAUGACCGAUCGUGUACGAUGAUAACGACGCUCUUGGCGUUGGUGACGUCGACGUCAACGUUAGCAAAGGCGUCCACGGCGUCGACGAUGAUUGUGAUAGGGUGGCCUGCCUAAUCGGGAUCGGCGGACCACUCACAGAUUAAGGGCCAAUCUUCUUGGUUGGAUCCUUAUGCACGUAAAACACCAGUUUGCCGUCGGAUUAGCUCUCGCGUUUGUUACCCGGCACGUUAUUACUUUUUAUUUCUAUUUCUAUCUUUUACUCUUGUCCCCUUCGUCUUGUUUUUGCAUUUUUACCGCUCGUUCUCUUGCUUCUAAUAAUUACUCUACAGGCUCACAGUGGACUCUUGACAUCUCGUGACAGUUCCCCGGAGACCUAUCAGUAGAAACCAUUCUUGUGACCUCACAUAACCGGGCCUAUGUGUCGUUCCUUUACUGAAAUCUAUUCUUCCUUAUUUUUCUCCUGGGGCAAUUACCGACCGACAUUCAGUCCUCGAGGACGAUGUUGAAGAAGCUCCAGGUCGCCAGGUAACACUCGUUCACGGAGCAAUCUCGAACUGCAAACGCUUACAAUUAUUAUAAAUAAAUUUAUACUAUAUAAAUGCAUUGUGCAAUUAUACUUUGUACACGAGUAUAUAGUACAUACAAAUAGCGGUUAUUAAUUAUUGUUAUAAUUAUGAAUUAUUAUUGCGAUUGCGAUUAUUUCUAUUAUUAUUAUUAUUACAAUUAUUAUUAUUCGUAUUAUCGAAGUUCAUCUCAAUUUAAUUAUACCAGUCGCAGUCACGUCGAUCGAGCUCAUUUUAAUUAACCUGACGAAUAUUACGUUUUUGUACGUUGAGCGUUUUAAUAAAUUACGAAAUUCAGAAACGACGCUCGAUCGCUCGACAAUCCGGGUCGCCAUUGCUGCUGUUGAAAACAAAAAGGAAAAGAGGAAAUCAAAUUCGCGAACGAACGAACGAACAAACAAACAAAAGGAACGGGAGGCGAGAUUAAAGAGUAUAGAGAGAAGCAAGGAGGGGACAGGAGCCAGGAUGACAAAGAUACUCAAAAAAAGACAACCACACACUCAAUUUGAAAAGACAUUUGUUUCAAACGAACUAAAGGAAAGUCCAUUCCCGAGGUAGAUACGUAAUUUCUUUUUUGUGGGCUUGAAACCAAAAACAAAUUACUCACCCGUGCGCCUCGAGACCGAGAAAAUGACGAGAGGAACGAGUGCCGGUCCGAUUCUCAAUUUGGCUUCUCCCCUCCUCCCCCCCCCCAAAUUUCCAUCCCCAUCAAUCUCAAUCUAGUUGCGCCCGUCUUUUAUAUAGAAUCCAUCGUAGCCCGUCCCUUGGGGUGAAAGUACUUUCUCUCCACUGAAGAUGUCCGCUAUCGUGUAAACGAAAGUCUCGUAGGUAAAAACUUUCUCGUCUCACCAACCCUUCGCCACAGUUCGAUAUUAAUCUUUCCCCAGUGCGCAGCUUAGAGAGUUCUCGGUAAGCCCGCAGUGCCGAGAUUCACGAAGAAUAGUGUAUACUUUAACGACGACGAGAAAUAACGAAUGAAUAAUUUAAUGUAAUUAAGGGUUAGUCGGGUGAGACAGAAAGAGUGAGAGAGAGAGAGAAAGGAUAGAAAAUAGAGCACGAAAUAAACUUAGGGAGACGUACCGUUGUUACGAUUUAAUAUUAAUAUUGUUCGACUAGCGUCGUGCGCAUGCGCGUCCGACUCUCUUCGCGCAGAUAAACACCCUUCAGCUUAAAACUUUCACCCCCCAGGAUGCAACCGAACCUCGGGCUACCGUAUAGUCGAGGGGUUUGAUUGACGUACGUUCACUCGUAGUGAGCUCCUUCGAGCCUAUGAACCAAGUCGAAACCACCCUAUGUGGAUGAUCCACCGUUUUGACGAAUGGUUAAGGGCGGUUCUCAUCGCGCGAUCAUGGAGGCUAAGUCUACUGGCGCAUUGACGAACGCGAAUAACACUGUGAAACAUAUUAAUAAAUCUUCUGUAUAUAUCGCAUAGAUUACGAAAGGAUAACAAGAGUAUGGGAAAUAAUUAAAGAAAAUAAAUAAAUAAAAAAGAAACAGAACACACGCCACGCUACACGUUAACGCGAGUAGAUACUUAUUGCGGUAACAAUUAUAAAUACUAAUUUUAGGUAUGAACGCCCUAAUGCAAAUAAUACACUAUUAUAAAUAUAUAAAUACAUAUAUAUAUAUAUAUUAUUAUAUUGCCGCGUAAAACAAGUAUGUGCAUUUUUCCAAGCACAGAAAAAGUUGGUAUUUUGUGUACAAACAAAGAAAAUUGUUGAACAUUUCGACUGUAUUUCGGGAUACGGGAAAAAUUAGGGACAGAAGAGCACGACGCGAAUUCUCAACGAUUCUCGGCAACCGACGUUGCGUCUCUGUAUGUGAUCUUUUUUUUCUAUUCUUGCGUCCUUUCACUGUCUUAACAUUUUAGGGUCGUUUAAUCAAAAGCGAAAUAAUCCCAUCGAUCUUGGCACUGUGUAAUUUUCUUGUUUCUUUUUUUUUUUUUUUUCUUAUCACAACCUAAAAAGUAGUCCAGUCACAGUUGUGACCGACGACUUCUUCGACAGUUUGACCGACAUCCGGUAGACGCGCUCACGUUCCACCGGAAAUCAGUGCCAGGAUCGACGUUGUUCGCAUAAUAGAAAGAAUAAAAAGUCAAGAGAAGAAUCGUAGAGGAUCUUUAAAAGACUCGAAACCGUCGAUGAAAACUAGGGAGGAUCGUGGACGGACGAAUCUACUUGUAUAAUAUUAAUUGAAUUAAUAAAUUAACGAACUAAAAACCACGAAGGGAGGUAGAUCGAUAAGGCGUUACGUAACGAAACACAGAAGAACGGGAAAAACAUUGUAAAUCCCCGAGGAACGAUUUAUUCGCGCAGACAUAAAAAAAAAAGCAAAAAGAAAAAGAAAAGACGUAUCCAGCAAGGAAUCAGAGUACAUUAAAUAACAAGUAAUCCUGUCUAACUAAGUGAAUGUAUCGCCAUUGCGUGAAAGAAAGAAAUAAACUGGAGAUCGACGCCCAAGAUAGACUUAGGGAUUUUUACCAAAUGACAGCGCCACGCGGGCUGACGAUUAUCCAAUUGAAAAGUUAUAAGAUAAAAUUGUACCCCGUCGUCUCGAAGAGGAUAGGUCAUUCGCUUCGAGAUAAAUAGAAAGCGCCCGGAAGUUGUACCAAAAUGGUCCUGAUUGAGACACGAUGCCCAGAAACGGUUGCGAGCGACGGGGAAGAGUUGGUACAUUAUUUCUUUUUUUAAAUUUUCCCCUUGUCGGAGAAAAAGAAAAAGCCCGACGAGACAGUUCCGCGGAUGCUGGACCUGGUGAAAGGUGUCACUCGUCAAAGCACCGCUUGCUCCUUGAGCCAGAAAGACGUAUUCCGAUUCACCUUGCCAUGACGAAUGCCUCUGAGUCACGGCCAGAGGACUCCGUCGACGCUGCUGCGUGAAUCACGAGAGAUUCUACGUCGUGGCGACGGCGCGGCUCGAAUUAGUAAAUUGUCCGAGUUCAAAUGGUCGUGGGAAUUGGAAGACGAAUUGAAAAUGAGAAAUAAAGGACACGCGUCACGAAGGCUAUUUUGCUCCAGCUCACGACCUGGAUAACCAGGACGUCCUGUCUCGUCGGUCUCUCUUUCGUUUACCUUGUAGUAGAGAUGCGGCGGAAGAUACGCAAUUGUAUUAUAUUUUGAAAACGAGGAUUAUGAAAAGCCUCUAAUUCUAAGAGUAAUAAUGUAUAUAAUUAUUAUUGUAAACUUGAAACGAUUAUUAUCUGCUUCGAGGAGAAGCAGGCGACCCGCUUGAAAUCAGAAUGCGUCAGGUUAAUUGAGGCAUUCUGGAUGGAACACGAGGAAGAGCCACUUCCGGUUCGGAAACGAUAGGAAUAUAAAAUAGAGAGAGAGAGAGAGAGAGAGAGAGAGAGAGAGAGAGAACAAGUGAGAAUCGAUGAUAAAUAGUCCUGAAUGACUUUACAGCGGAUCCGAAUCGAUGGAGACGAGUCAGUAGUUUUCCCUGUUCAUAUUUUCGGCGGGAAACGAUCCACGUUUCAAUUUUCGGAACCAUUCUCUUUUGUUAUUAGUUUAUACGCACUACGAUUAUUGCAAUUUAUUGUAUUAUUAAUGAAAUACUGUAACAAACAAAAUACUGUUAACUAUUCUUAAAAAAUUAAAACUUUUGUAAACUGAGAGACGGAUGCCUCUUUGUGCGCUAGUUGAG